GACGUCUUAUCCAUCAACACUGAACAAGCAGCGACUGUGAGAGAGAGAUAGGCUCAAAAGUAGUCCUUGAAAGCUUUCGGCGUUUCGCUGUCGGUCUCUGUUUAUAUCAAGCAAAAUGUUCUGUAGACGGGUUUGCCAGAGACUCGGCCCGGUAGCUCAGAGGUUCUUCUCACCGACAUUUACAAAAGCGCCAGUGCGCCACAUGGCCUUCGGGGUUCCUGGUGGCUCCACAAACAUGACGUACUUUGUUUUGUGUGGAGGAGGACUCACUGCUGCAGUUGUAUAUGCCUACAAGACGGUCAUUGGUGACAGUGAGCGCUAUGAGGACAGACUCGCCAACAUGGGCUCCACAACAAAGGGUCAGCUACCGCCUUACACACAGAAAAUUGAAGCUUCUGCUGAGUCAGCGAUUGCGGCACCUGAAUCCGCCCCAGUCGAGGAGCCAGAGGUGCCAGUUGAAGUGGUCACAGAGUCUGUCGCUGCAUCUUCAGAGCCUGUGGCAGAUAUCACUAGUGAGGUUAUUGUUGAGAGCGUAACACUUGAAGAUGUCGAUGUGGUGUCUGAGGUUAUUGCCACUGAGGAUGAAGUCGAGCCACCUGCUGAGGAAGAAGCUCCAUCUGUAGUGGCUGAAGCUGUUUCUACCCCUGUGGAGGCCACAGAGGAGACGGCAGCAGAGGAGACGACAGCAGAGGAGACGACAGCAGAGGCGCCUGCGAGUGCUGAGGCUCUGCCAGAUCUUCUUACAGCGGUAAAAAUACUGGCCAGCUCCACAGUUGAAAUUGCAGCAGCUUCUGUCGGGGAGUCCAGUUUGGUGAGAGCUGUCCGUCAUAUCGAAGACGAUGGAAGGGGUUUGGAUUCUGUGUUGGAAGUGUUACAACCUGAAGACCUUGAGGAAACCAAAGAUCUUAUGGCGAAAGAGCCUUCAAAUGAAACGGUUGUUCUCACUAAUGAAGACGAGCUGAGCGCUGUAGAGGUGGUGAGUUGUGAUGAAACGGCUGUUCCAGAAGGGAAUGUGUCUGCAGAAGAGUCAGCAGAAGCCUCCUCUCCAGCUACUGAAGAAGAGGAGGAGGUGCCGUCUGAGGAAACUACAACUUCUGGUCCCACAGAGGAAGAAAAUGCAGGAGGGAUACAUGAUGAUGAUCAGAAUCCAACUCCAGAUCCAGAGGAGAACAUCACACCUGAAGAGGCCUCACCCGAAGAAGACACCUCUGAGGAGGCAAGUAUCUCUGCUGAAGCUCCAGUGGACAAAGAGUUGCCUGUAGCUGAGACAUUUGUAGAGGACGCUGCUGAAGUUGAAGCUCCAGAGGAGGAGACAGUCACUGCCUCAGAAGAGGAAGGUACUAGUCAGCCUCCACAAGCUGACACCGAGUCAGACAUGGAAGUCCUUUCAGUUGCUGAACCACAGUCCGACCAGUCCUUGGCACAGGCGAUGAUGCCCACUGAGGAUCAGCCACCUGAAAUCCUUGAGGAUACUGGAGACAAGAUGAAUGAAAGCAAGGAAGCAGCAGCACCUGUAGAAACACAGAGUCCAGAUGGAGCAGUGGUGAUGAUGAACCAGUCAUGACCUGACCGUGUGCCUUCCACAUCACUCGUCAAACUGUCAGUCGAACCUUGGUAAUGGAGAAAAUACAAACAACAAAAUUUGGAUUGUUAUUAUUGAAUUGUGUCCUUUUGAGUUGUUUGAGCAUCCAAAUCUUAAGUAUGUUAAUGUUUGACCUGUUUAUUUUAUUUUAGCGUUGUCUUGUGUCCAAUAGAUGUCCCCAUUACAAUUAUUAGACAGGAGGAAAACAUUGAAGUUGGCCAGUGCCAGAUUGUCAUUAUCAUGAUCAUAGAAGGAUUGUUAUCAUUCAAUUGUGUCCUUUUGAGUUGUGUGAUUGUCCUAAUAUCUAGUAUAUUAAUGUUUAACCUGUUCAUUUUAUUUUUGUGUCUUUUGUCUACUAGUUGUCACCAUUACAAUAAUUAGACGGGAGAAAAAAAAUUCAGUUGGCUAAUGCCAGGUUGUUGUUAUCUUUAUCAUAGAAUACUUUCUGCUCCCAACUAAAUGCAUUGACAUUUUUUGUGUGUAUUAAACAAAGCAGAAUUA